CGCUUGUCGGUCGGCGGCGCGGUGGGGAUCGGCAGCGGAGCCGGGGGGCAGGUUAAGGCACACUCUUCAAUAAGAGAAAUGAAGGUAUCCCGGCGUUCCCAAGAGUCCAGAUGGUAAGCAGGAAUGCGCCGGGAGCCAGCACUGGGAUGUCCAUGGACUGCUGCAGCCCGCUGGGCUCCUCCGUGUUCCUGAUCAUCUCAGUGUGUGUGGCCACACAGAAAUGCUGGGCAGCCUCUUGAUGCUGCUGCAUAACGAACCCACCUGAUGAGCUGCAGCACCCGUGGUUAGUUGGAGCAGUGGGUUCACCAGGCACAUGGUCUACUGCAAAGAAGUGUUUACCAUGCCUCUGGGAACGUUCCUCCUUCCUGUUCUCUGUUUCAUGGGAGCAGCAAUUCCACGGGGACUGCAGUAUGUCACAUUCACGCGCAACACUACGAAAUUCCUCCACCUGUCUAUGGACUUGGAGUCCGGGGCCAUUUACUUGGGAGCCACCAACUUCCUCUUUCAGCUGACAUCUGACCUGCUGCUGAAGAGCAUGGUUCAGACUGGACCAGUUCUGGACAGUAAAGAUUGCCUCCCCCCGGUCUCGAAGCUGGAGUGCCCUCAGGCACACCACACUGACAAUCACAACAAGCUGCUGCUAGUGAACACAGUGCAGAAGGAGCUCAUUGUGUGUGGCAGUGUGCACCAGGGGAUCUGCGAGAAGAGGAGCCUCACGUCCAUUGACCAUGUCCUCUUCCGACCAGAGAGCCCUGGUGACACUCAGUACGUUGCUGCCAAUGAUCCCAACAUCACCACUGUGGGACUUAUAGCUUACUCAAAGGAUGAGGUCCCCUUGCUGUUUGUGGGACGAGGGUACACAAGCCGAGGAGUUGGCGGGGGGAUUCCUCCCAUCACUACCCGGAAUCUCAGGGCCCAUGGUGGGGAUGUUCAAGCAAUAGACUCUCACUCCAUUUUCUCCUAUGAAGAAACAGCAAAACUGGCUGUGGGCCGGCUCUCGGAGUACAACCACCACUUCAUUAAAUCCUUCACUUACCGCUCCAGCGUCUAUUUCCUAUUCUACCGACGAGACCUCAAAUCUCAGUCCCGUGAGUACAAGACCUACAUCUCCCGAAUCUGCCUGGAUGACUCUCACUAUUACUCAUAUGUGGAGCUACCUCUGCUCUGCCAGAGCAAAACCAAUACCUACAGCCUCCUGCAAGCAGCCUAUGUCAGCCGGCCAGGAAAAGGCCUGGCCCAUGGGCAGCUGGACACUGAGGGAGAAGUGCUGUUUGCAGCCUUCUCAUCCUGGCAGGCUUCUUCUGGCAAGCUGAGUGAGGAGUCUGCACUCUGUGUCUAUGCUAUGGAGGAGGUGGAUCGGCUGACCAACUGGACUAGGGACGUUUGCUACAUGAGGGAUGGGAAGUCAGAAGAAGGGACAGAGGUGGCAUAUAUCGAAUAUGAUGUCAGCUCCAACUGUGUCCAGCUGCCUGCAGACACCCUGUAUGCAUACCCAUGUGGCUCUGACCACACUCCCAGCCCUAUGGCCAGUCGGGUACCCUUGGAGGCAGCCCCACUCCUGGAGAAAACAGACGCCCGUCUGACAGCAGUGGCAGUGAAUGUGGAAGAUGGGCACACCAUUGCUUUCCUGGGAGACAGCAAAGGGAGGCUGCACAAGGUGUACUUAGGAGCAAUGGGAGAUGCACACGUAUACGCUUCUUUAACUAUCCAGUUAAAUAGCAUGGUGAGUGGAGACCUGCUGUUCGACCAGUUGCAGGAGCACCUCUUUGUCAUGACCCAGUCAAUGGUGGUAAAGGUUCCCAUACUGGAAUGUUCCCUAUACUCAGACUGUGAAUCCUGUCUGGCUCUGAAAGAUCCAUACUGUGGCUGGUGUGUCCUCCAGGGACGGUGCACCCGUCGCUCUGAGUGCUUGCGGUCCAGGUUGAGUGAGCAGUGGCUCUGGAGCUUUAACUCUACACAGCAGUGUCUGUCUGUCCAGUCACUAACUCCAGCCAAUAUCAGCAGAGAGGAAAAGAGAAAUAUAUUCCUGGCUAUCUCGGACUUACCUUCCCUGCGUGAGGAAGAAUUUUACUCAUGUUACUUUGAAGAUUAUGAAAGCCCAGCAGUGCUGACAGAGUCAGGAAUCAUGUGUCCUUCUCCAGAUCCCAGCCAAGCACCAGCUUUGCCAACAGGAGCAGAUCAUGUCACCAUAAAGCUCGUAGUGCGUUUCCAUGACAUCUUCAUUGCUUCUGUGGACUUCUCUUUCUAUGACUGUGCUGCAGUGGCCCUGCUGUGGAAGUCGGCACCGUGCAAGAAGUGUGUGAGCAGUCUCUGGGGAUGUAACUGGUGCAUCCAGCAGCACCUCUGUACCCACAAAGCAGCCUGUGAGGAAGGAAUCAUUAUCUACAAUGAAAGGGCCCAGAUCCCAGCCUCAGGUGUGUUUCCUUCUUCAGCAGCUCCCCUCACCAAAUCCUCUACCACAGCCCCAUCCACAGCCACAAAACCCAUCACUCCCCCCAUCAUGCAAGUGGUACCGAGCACUGUGCCCUCCUCAGAGCCCAACCUCAUCACGUUCUCUGCAGCCUUGGACAUGACAUCUGAGCCUACAGAAACCCUCAGCUAUACGUACUUGACUCUCUCAACUGAAGCAGCCUCUCUCCAGGCCAUCACAGAAUCCCCCCUGCCACCACCAGCAGACAAACCUGCUAUCACUGAGCCAGAGACAACUUCUCCUUCUGCAUCUGUCCUCACCAGCCCAUCCAAAAACAUGGAUCAUACAGCCUUGCCCACUGAAGGGCCAGCCACCGCCCAGGGGCCGCAGCACACCAACCCAUCCACCACACUAGUGGGUAGCCCUCCGCACACCUUUUCAGCAGCAAUAACACCUUCUCCUCAUGUCACCAGCUUGAAGUGGCCUCUGAGUUCUUUUCCUACCACAGAGGCACUGACAUCUGCCAUCCCAUCUCCCCAAACUCCCAGCCAGGUGCCGGGGGGUCCUGCUACCUCUGAGGACUCUCCUGGAUUGCUGGGAACUGAGCUACCUGCUUCAGAGCUCCCACCAUCAGCUCCCCCAGAGUGGCUGCUGGAGGAAGGCACAGAGCUGCAGGACACAGAGGACUGGAUGGAUUUGCUGCAGGCUGAGAAUGACACAUCUCCCUUCUCUGCUUCUACCCUUCUGUCUGGUGAUGGGGACUCUUCAGAGAGGGAUGUCCCUGACUUCCCCAGGAUCCUCCACCCUGACCUCGACUAUCAGUAUGAUGCUCCGGAGUUCUGGGAGGAGAAUGAAGAGCUUAGCUGGGGUCCAGAUGCAUGUCCCUGCGUGCAGGGAAUCCAGGGAUCUUCACUGUUUCCAGUCAACGUGGCAAGGAAGAUAACCCUGCUGGGCAAGAACUUCCACCUCUAUCAGGACCAGCAGUGGGACUAUGAGUGUGUCCUGAAUUUGGAGGGGAGGACAGUGGUGAUGGAUGCUUAUGUGGAAGGAGACGAAACAAACAAAUCCCUCUGUUACAUCACCUGCCAGAUGAGCCAGUACAGUUACACAGCACCUCAACUCGAAUUCAACGCUGUGGUGUUUGUGCAGAGGCGACGACACCUUCGAGUGGACAGUGCUGCAGAUCUCCACGUGACCUUUUACAACUGCUCUGUGGGACACACUGACUGUAGCCGCUGCCAAACUGCUGACUCCAAGUACAACUGUGUGUGGUGUGGAGGUGAGAACCCCAGCUGUGUCUUCAGGGGCUCCUGCAAGGAAGAUAUAGAAGACCUGUGUCCAGCACCUCUCAUUCACUCUGUGUACCCCCUGUCUGGACCAGUGGAAGGUGGCACUAGAAUCACCAUCACUGGCUCAAACCUCGGGCAGAAACAUCAAGACAUUGCAGAAACUGUCACUGUUGCAGGAAUUCCCUGUGCCGUAGAUGCUCAAGAGUAUGAGAUCUCUAGCAGUAUCGUGUGCGUCACUGGCAGGAGCUGGACAGAGAGAUCUGGGCACGUGGUGGUGGAAGUGCCUGGAGGGGGACGUGGAGUUUCUGGGCACAUUUUCACCUAUCAGAACCCAGAGCUGAAAUCCAUUGUGCCAACUCAGGGCCCCAAGGCAGGAGGAACCUGUCUUACCCUUCUGGGCUCAAAGCUGCUGACUGGGCAUCCUAGUGAAAUCAGUGUCCUGCUUGGAGACCUCCCAUGUCACAUCCUCUCUGAGAUGACAGAGGACCAGCUGGCAUGCCAGACCAGUCCCAGCAAUGUGUCUGCAGAGCUCCCAGUUACCAUCAAAUACGGGAACCAAGAGAGGAGACUGGAAGGAUCACUCUUCAGAUACACUCUGGAUCCCAACGUCACUUUUGCAGAGCCACCGAAAAGCUUCCUCAGUGGAGGGAGAGUGCUCAGAGUUCAUGGCUACAACUUGGAUGUUGUACAGAAACCCAAGAUCCGAGUUACUGUUUCCCCAUCCGAACGGCGGCGCCGAGCUCUGGGACGAUGGCGCAGAAUCAUCCCUGACACCCAGUGCCCUGAGGGUGCUCUGUGCAGCGUCCAGCAGUUUGAAGAGCCAUGUCUGGUGAACUCCUCCUACCUGAUCCUGUGCAAAACUCCAGCUAUUAACCUGCUGUUGCGGAGUGUCCAUAUCAAACUGGAAUUUAUUCUGGAUAAUCUCAGCUUUGAUUUCAACUCGCUGCAUCCCAUGCCCUUCUCGUAUGAAGUUAACCCCAUCCUAAAACCCUUGAAUGCUGAAGACCCUGCCAAACCGUAUCGGCACAAACCAGGAAGCGUCAUCUCUGUGGAGGGGGAAAAUCUAGAUCUGGCUAUUUCCAAGGAUGAAGUGAUGGCUAUGAUUGGAGAAGGAAUCUGUGUGGUGAAGACACUGACAAGGAACCAUCUGUACUGCGAGCCUCCCUCUGAGCAGCCGGCUCCGCGGCACCGCACAAAGCGGGAGGGCACAGACUUGCUCCCAGAGUUCACGGUACAGAUGGGAAACCUGAACUUCCUCCUGGGUCGGGUGCAGUACGACACAGAAAGCCAGCUCACCUUCCCACUUGAGGCACAGAUUGGGUUGGGUGUUGGUGCAUCCUUUGUGGCACUGAUUGUCCUGGUCAUCGUCUUCAUAUACAGGAGGAAGAGCAAGCAGGCUCUGAGGGAUUACAAGAAAGUUCAAAUCCAGCUGGAAAACCUGGAAACAAGUGUUCGGGAUAGAUGCAAAAAGGAAUUCACAGACCUGAUGACUGAAAUGAUGGACCUCACAAGUGACCUUGUAGGCACAGGAAUCCCCUUCUUGGACUACAAGUCCUAUGCAGAGCGUAUUUUCUUCCCUGGGCACCGUGAGUCACCACUGCAGAGAGACCUGGACAUCCCCGAGUGCCGGCGGCAAACAGUGGAGCAGGGCUUGGUUCAGCUCUCCAACCUGCUCAACAGCAAGCUCUUCCUCACCAAGUUCAUCCACACUCUGGAAAUCCAGCGCACUUUCUCUCCAAGAGACCGGGCCUAUGUAGCAUCGUUGCUCACUGUGUCACUGCAUGGGAAGCUGGAGUACUUCACUGACAUCCUCAAAACACUCCUAAAUGACCUUGUGGAGCAGUAUGUGGCCAAGAACCCCAAGCUGAUGCUGCGGAGGACAGAAACAGUGGUGGAGAAGCUGUUAACCAACUGGAUGUCCAUCUGCCUGUACGCAUUUGUGAGGGAUUCUGUUGGGGAGCCCCUUUACAUGUUGUUUCGAGGAAUCAAGCACCAGGUGGACAAAGGCCCAGUCGACUGGGUGACAGGGAAAGCCAAAUACACCCUGAAUGACAACCGCCUUUUGAGAGAGGACCUGGAGUACCGCACUCUGACCUUAAAUGCUUUGACACAAGCAGGAGUUGCUGCAGGAGGGGCAGAGGACUCCCAAGGGAUAUCUGCAAAAGUGCUAGACUGUGACACCAUCACACAGGUGAAGGAGAAAAUCCUGGAUCAGAUCUAUAAAGGGACACCCUAUUGUCACCGACCAGACCCUGAUACCCUGGACCUUGAGUGGAGAUCAGGGCUGGCAGGUCAUCUCAUACUGUCUGAUGAGGAUGUGACAUCUGUUGUUCAAGGAACUUGGAAACGCCUGAACACUCUUCAGCAUUACAAGGUACCUGAUGGAGCAACAGUAGCACUGGUCCCACGCCUGACCAAGCACAUCCAUAGGGAGAAUCAGGAUUACAUCCCAGGAGAGAAAACACCAAUGCUGGAAGAUGCAGAUGAAGGUGGGAUCAAACUUUGGCACCUGGUAAAACCAACAGAAGAGCCAGAGCUUCCCAAGCAUCGGCGUGGGAGCUUGAGAGAUCGGGAGCGAGCCAAGGCAAUCCCGGAGAUCUACCUGACACGUCUGCUCUCAAUGAAGGGCACUCUGCAGAAGUUUGUGGAUGACUUGUUCCAGGUGAUCCUCAGUACCAACCGCCCUGUCCCCCUGGCAGUCAAGUACUUCUUUGACCUGUUGGAUGAGCAGGCUUUACACUAUGGCAUCGCAGACCCUGAGACCAUCCAUAUCUGGAAGACAAACAGCCUGCCCUUACGGUUCUGGAUAAACAUCAUCAAGAACCCCCAGUUUGUUUUUGAUGUGCAGACGUCCGAUAAUGUUGAUGCUGUGCUUCUGGUCAUUGCACAGACCUUCAUGGACUCCUGUACAAUAGCUGACCAUAAGUUAGGGCGGGAUUCUCCAAUCAAUAAGCUGCUUUAUGCCCGGGACAUCCCUCGCUACAAGCAGAUGGUGGAAAGGUAUUACGCGGACAUUCGUCAGACCAUCUCUGCCAGUGACCAGGAGAUGAACUCUGCCCUGGCUGAGCUGUCACGGAAUUACUCAGGUGACCUCAAUUCCCUGGUGGCUCUACAUGAACUGUACAAAUACAUCAAUAAGUACUAUGACCAGAUCAUUACGGCCUUGGAAGAAGACCCAACGGCACAGAAGAUGCAGCUCGGAUAUAGACUACAACAGAUUGCAGCAGCUGUGGAGAAUAAAGUCACAGACUUGUGACAGGCACAGACAGACUGCUCUGCCCUGCCUGAGCGGGGACAGUGCUCAUCCUAGCUACACACAUGGUGUCCUGCUGCCAUUGGAACCAGGCUCUCCAAGGAACCCGUGGUGACAUGAACAGGGAUGGCCGAGGCAGUACAAAGUACAAGCGUCCUUCCAUCUCAGAGAGUAUUUUUUUACAGUUUUUUCUUCUUAAAAACAAAACAAAACCAGACUUUGGUUUUCCCCUGGCACUGUCAGGGGGGACCACACAGCUCCUUCCUACAGAUGUUACAUGAAUGUGCCAAGUGUCCAAACAACUUUGUUGAAGAGCCAGGAGACAACACCCAGCACCGUGUCUAUGAAGUCCUUGGUCUUGCAGGGAUCAGUGCUGGGAGACUCCCCUGCUGCAGCCCCUCACUUCAGCAAGCAUGCAGAGAGCAGGCUGACAACAGUGCUAACCUCUGUCCCUGGCUCCUGAGCACUCCUGCAGUAUCCCACCCAAGAAACCCUUGCAGCAAUGUCCCCACUGGUUCUGGAUGUUGGAUGUAGAAAGGAGAGUGUCCAAUGGCACAGUUCUCUCACUCCACAGUGUUCUGGUCUCUGAUGUGUUCACCAGCACACACACUUGCCCAGGGGCCUGCUGUAAAUGGACAGCAUCCCCUCACCCUUUCCCUCAGGACAAAUUCCAUGGGAGAGUCGCUGCCUGGCUCGCCUCAAUCCCCACUGACCCAGCUCGGGAUCCGUCUUCCUGGUUCCUUGUGGUUGGAGGUUGCCCUACUCUUCGGAAAAGCACAACAAAUGCCUUGUGCCACUCCCCCUCCCUCCGGUGUCCGGCUGUUCUGCUGCUCUGAACUGGACUUGUAAAUACCCUCAGAAAGUUAACGUAUUUAAAUGCUAAAGGAGAAUGUUUAAUUUUGUGGCUUUGAGACAAAGCUUUUCUCGGAGAAGUAUCUCUGUGCACUUCUACUGACCAACGUCUGUCAGCACUGGAGCAGUUUUCUCCACUGCUUUGUCUGCAGGGAUAACUCAUAGAUGUCUCCAUUGUCGUAACAGCAGCUCGCCUUUCCAGCAGCUCAGUUCAAGGCUUUUUCUGUUAGGCUUUGCCUCACACCUUACUCACAGUUUCACCUCUCAGACUCUCCUGUUGCUGCAUGUAGAAGGAUUAUUUGGUGAGCUGUGAACUCGAGGAAAUUAUGAAGCACAAGAGUGGUCCCAAGGAUCAUUGGGCAUCCUGCAAAUGGGGAUGGUUCGGGCAAGGAAGGAGAGACUGGAGCAGGCACAAGCACAGUGAGUAGGCAGCUGGCACUGGGCAGCUCCUCGCUGCUCCCUCUGUGGAUCCUGCACCUUGGGAACAGAGUGCUCUGCCCCUCUGGGAGCAGAUUCCUAUUUAUAAGGGUGUCCUGUGCACUCUCACCCCUUCUGCUAAUUCUAUGCUGAUGUCCUACAUGCUUGGGGCAGGUCUGAGCCCUCUGUCACCUCCCUGAGGUGGUGACUGCCAGCCAGGAGGGAUUAGAGCUAAACCAAGGCAGGAUCACAUCCCUACCUCUUUCCAUUGCAUAUAGCAGCAAUUCCAGACCUAUCAGAUCAGCCCUGUUGCUUUGUGUGAGUGCUGCCCCGUUACAAAACUGUUCUCUGAGCAUGUAAUAAGCUAACACUGGCCGCUCUUCCCACAAAGCUCUCUCCUGUGACCCUCUUCCAGCAGUAUUCCUGGGUACUGUAUGUGACCAGAGUAUGGCCAGCAUCCCUGGGCCACCUUGUGCUGCAGGUGAGGCAGGAGAAAGGAGCCGAGUUUGCCUCUUCCCCUAUGUGGGCACCAGUUUGGGUUUCCUCCUGCCUGACCACCCACUUCCACCAAAACUUGUAGGAACUUAGCAUCUCUGAAACCUCUGUCUCAACCAAACCUGAUUAAAGCAGCCCCAAAAAGCUGGGUAGGAGGCAGCUCCUUGGUUUGAGGUGAGUGCAGGUAAUGCAUCAGAGUGGCUUUGUCCCCUCCUGCAUUGAUGAUGGACUUUCUGCCCUAGGCACCAGACUGAUAUCUGCCAGGAGCCACAGGUUCCCUGCUGGAUUUAUGGCUCUAUAGACUGUUAGUACCCCUGUGUUUGCAGAAUUAUCCCAGAACAGGGUGUCUGGGGCUUAAUUCUGAAUCCAUCCCACAAUGGAGAAGGGAGAAGGACUUGGUGGCUCACCCAGAAUCACAGUGACUGGAGUCCAGGUGCCCAUAGGCUCCACAUCCUCUUUGCUUCCUGGUAGCACUCCCAAAUAUUGGAAAUCAUCUGUUUUCUCUGAGUGUAUCUGUGAAAGUCUGCUUUUAUAUACAGCAAUAAUCAAGACUCUGCAAUAGAGCUAACUGUAGGUGAUUGACUUAUUUAACAUCAGCUUGUCCUUGUGUAGCUGGGCAGGAGGCACUGCCCAGGACCAGUGCAGUGAGGGUGGGAAGCUGGUUGUGCCUGUCUCUUCUAUCCUUCUGUUCUUGGUAUUCUAGACACCAGCAUCCUCCUCCCCAUGCUGGGAUCAUCCUGGGUGUUUGGCCAUGGCCCCUCUUUCUCUCCAUCCAUGCCCCUCUCUUGUGGCAAAAUCCGUUACUACAACAGGGUUCUGUUGCAUUUAAAUUUGCACAAACCAGGGGGUUUUUACUACAUUUCCUGUUGCAGGGAAAAUUAUUUAUUUACACCUCGCAAUCCUUCCAAGUUUCUUCCAAUCUCUGCCUGAUUCCACAACCAGCUUGUCAGACACUCUGGAGAUGGGAUGUUCUUCCUCAAGGAUGGAGGAUCCUGUCUGGAUGUUCAUGUUUUCUGUACAGGUAGCAAGUUGUGUGGGCACCAGCGUGUCCUGCUUACAGAGACCAUUCCCCUUCUGCAAGACACAAGUGCAGCAUGGGGACAGUGCUGCUGUUGUUGAGCCCUCAGAGAUAAUGUUCUUGCGUGGCAGGAGUCAUUUAGCAGGAUAUGAGUUAUUUAGCACUGUGGUCAGAGAAAGAACCUUGCUUCCACCAUGGUCUGGAUGAAGCGCUGAGAACUGAUCAGUAUUAAAAUACCCAGUUAGUGUACUUGAAUGUCUCUCCUGUUGGUACAACUAAAAGUAGGCAGCACCCACGUGUUGUAGGUGUGUGAGUGUUGCUUUCAGCUGUCUGGUGGUGAAUUUAGGCUGUACCUGGAAGUUUUGGGGUUUUUAGUAGAAAUGGUGGCUGUUGUUUUAAUAGAGGCUCUUGGAUGCUGCUGCCGCAGUGGAAUGUCGUUUCUUUUCCAGGGGUGCCCCGGUUGCAGUGAGAUGCUGCUUGGUUCUGGUGCCUUUCUUUGUCAGGAUGAUUCUUUUGGUUCCUAGAACACCCCAUGUGUUUGCUCAGACCAUCUUUCUCCUCUGUCCUGGUGCCUCUGCCCUGUCCCAGCCUCGUGACUUGGUGUGUGUCUGUCUGUUACGGUAUGGCCUGACCUGCAUUUACACCUUGAGUUCUGCUCAGAGCACCCGAGGUACUGUCUGUCUCAAAUUGGAAUUAAUAAUUAAUAUAAAAACCUUGGAAAAAAAACACAAAAAAAAUCUGGAUUUUGUUACAUAGUGUAAUAACUGUUUGUAGAUACUGUUCGGAGAUGUAGGAAUCUAUUGGUGAUAUAAGAGGUUUUUGUCUGUAAAUAAUCAGUUUAGAGUCCAAAUGAUUUUAAUAAAGAGAAUUCUUACACAAUAAUUCAAUAAAUUUUAAUAUACAA